AUGGACAGCGGUGGCGAAGGAAGCAUCAGUGGGAAGGAUCAGGCUGUUGAUGCGCCUUCUGUCGCCAAUGGUGGCAUGACUCUCGAUCAUUUUCUGGACAUAAACCUCGAUGAGAUUCUGGACGGGCAUGCUGUCAAUGAAUUUCUGGAUGAUCUUGACAAAUGGUUACUGGUCCCGGAAGCCGUUCCAGAGGGUCCCACAGACCACGGACAGUCAGCUAUCAUCCCAGCCCCAGGUGAGGCUGAGGCGGGCCAGAAGCGUAAGAGGAAGGAAGCAGUUGGCGAGCUGGUGGAGCGCCAGAAGCCCGAGAGGAAGAAAGCAGUCUCCUGGACUGAGGAUGAGCGCAGGAUAUUCAUGUUUGGAUAUGAUCUCUACAAAACGUCGACAGAAAAAUGGAAGGAAAUUUCAACGCCUAUGCUGCCAAAUACGACCGAAAUAGCGAGCCAUGCCCAAAAGUAUCCUGAACGGAGAGAACGUCGCAGGCAAGAUAGGCAGAGGAAGAGCAUUAAUGACACAGUCGUACGGGAGGAGGACUGGAUCGACCUCGUCCCCUCGAUCCAGGAAAAGCACGACGUCCAGAAGCGGUCAAACUGUCCCAAGCAGCCCCCACAGUGGCUCAGUCCCAUAUCGGCCAGUUUCAUCAAGUCCCAGGAUUGUCCUUUCCUGGACAGAUGCAAUCCCGGCUUCAUCAGAUGCCUGUGA